AUGAACUUAACCUUUCUUCUUCUUGCUGGUGAUGGGACCACAAUAGUAGUUCUUCUUGCUGGUGAGUUCUUGAAGGAGGCAAAACCAUUCAUUGAAGACGGGGUCCACCCUCAAAAUUUGAUAAACAUGACAAGGCCCUUAUUACUGGUUACUGCAUUUUUUGACAAAAUGGUUCUCAAGAAAACAAUUAGUGUUGAUGGUGAUCUAAAAAUGGGUGGUUCUGUUGUAUGGGUUGGCCGAUCUUCCAUUGAAGUUCAACUUGGAGUCACUCAGAUAUCAAUCGAUGAAUUGAAGUGGCCUAGUACGGAGAGAAACCAACGACUCCCAAGGGGUGCACCCAUGAGAACACCACAUGUCGCUGAGCAACCUCGGUUCAUGAAGCACAGCAGCAGCUCCACAUCCACUGAGGUUGAUAUUAAGUCUAAACCAGCCAAAAUAAAGGAGCCUAAUCCGGUUGGUAACCAUGGAUCCAAGGGUUCCUCUUCUAAGGUCCCUUCAGAAGGUGAAAACUCGGUUUCUAAGGACAAGAUGAGUGAGGAUCCAGAAAAUGAGAAACCAAAAUUAUUGAUCAGGCUUACUAGAGAAGAGAUUGAAGAAGAUUAUCUUGCAAUGACUGGAAAAAAGCUUCCAAGAAACAAGAUGAGGAGGGACUAUCUAGUGGUAUGGGUCGUAUUGAAUUGCUGCAAUGACAAUUGGCAAAAGGUAUGGGUUGUAUUCAACCCUGGAUUAUUGGAAAAAGGUAUCACGUGGACAAAAAAGCAUAACAAUAAGUAG